AUGGGGUCUGUUAACACGCCGACUACUCCUAUGACACGUGCGACCUCAACACAAUAUCACAUAUCUCCCCAUACACCGGAUAUACCAACUCCACAUAUGGGGUCUAUCAACACGCCGGCUACUCCUACGACACGUGCGACCUCAACACAAUAUCACAUAUCUCCCCAUACGCCGGAUAUAGUAACGCCACGUAUGGGGUCUGUCAACACGCUGGCUAUUCCUACGACACGUGCGACCUCAACGCAAUAUCACAUAUCUCCCCAUACGCCGGAUAUAACAACGGCACGUAUGGGGUCUGUCCACAUGCCGGCUACUCCUACGACACGUGCGACCUCAACACAAUAUCACAUAUCUCCCUAUACGCCGGAUAUACCAACGCCACGUAUGGGGUCUGUCAACACACCGGCUACUCCUACGUCACGUGCGACCUCAACGCAAUAUCACAUAUCUCCCUAUAUGCCGGAUAUACCAACGCCACGUAUGGGGUUUGUCAACACGCCAGAUACUCUUACGACACAAGCGACCUCAACACAAUAUCACAUAUCUCCCCAUACGCCGGAUAUACCAACGCCACGUAUAGGGUCUGUCAACACGCUGGCUACUCCUAUGACACAUGCGACCUCAACGCAAUAUCACAUAUCUCCCCAUACGCCGGAUAUACCAAUGCCACGUAUGGGGUCUGUCAACACGCCGACUACUCUUACGACACGUACGACCUCAACACAAUGUCACAUAUCUCCUCAUACGCCGGAUAUACCAACGCCACGUAUGGGGUAUGUCAACACGCCGGCUACUCCUACAACACGUGCAACCUCACAAGCACAGGAUGCACUCCCCGAAGGUGAAACAACCUCAGAGGACUACAGUCAACUGAGGGUCAAACUACCUAAACUUGGUCAAACAGGCCCACAGGGCCCACGACCUCCAAACUCUGAUUCAAAAAUUCCUAUAGGUUCCACAAGGCCUAGGACACACGUCAUGCAAGUUUGGUUCAGAUCCGACGGUCGGAUCACUCACGAUCUCACGAUCGGACGGAGAUCGCAUUGGGACAUAAUGCCCCUCUGCUACAGUGCCCACCGCCGCCACACACGCUGGCAACGCAUGGGUGUCCAAAGCAAUACCGAUUGCCGGAAAACUUCAAAAUCAAGAGCCACCCUUCCGACUAUAGCUACUAUUCGACGAGUGGAGCAACUUAUUCAACUGCGGCAACAUCCAAUUCAGACGGCAAGUGGCCUGAAUUUCAACCCGAAAUCCAGCCAAAACCUAGGUUCCAAAUCGAGUUAUCUACACUAA